AUGGAGGUUCGUCCUGGUACUCAAGAGCAUCCAGUGCUGAGGGUAAAUGCUGGAGAAUCUGGAGACCUGAAGACGAACCCAGUUUGUGUGAGUAACAAGAGCAGAGACGGAGAGAAAUCACAGCUUCAUGCAGAAAUCCAGAGACUCACAAUGCUCCUGCACAACAUCACUACAGUCUGUUCUCUGGGUCAUGUAGACCCUCGAUGCCAGCUUUGCCCGAAGAGAUGGCACAUGUUUAAGGGUCACUGCUACUUCAUCUCGGCAGGACUGGAGGAAGACCGUAAGUGGGCCGAGAGUUUGGAAUACUGCGUCCAGCACAACGCCAGCCUGGCCAUCAUUCAGCAUGAAGCUGAGAUGGAGUUUAUCGUCAAUCAGCUGAGCAGGUUUUCAGAGACGCCGUUUCUCUGGCUCGGCCUCACUGAUGCACAGGUGGAAGGUGUGUGGGCGUGGCAGGAUGGAACACUGUUACAAAACCACAGGUUCAUAAAGGUGCAGUGGGACUCCGAGCACAGAGACUGCGCAGAUCUGAGAGGGGAUGGAAGUGUGUUUGCGUGUGACUGCGAGUCCUACGGGCCCUGGCUGUGUGCGAAACCCAUGGAGCCACCAGUGAUUUAAAACUUUUCAGUCA